AUGUAUUUCACUAUACAUGUAGUCUUAUUGCUCGCACUAUCAGCAACGGCAUUGGGAAGGCUACCAAAGAAUAGAGGGCAUACAUUGCCAUCUAUUAAUUUGGGCGAUGAUUCAAAUAUCGAAGGAUACUGCUCGACACUCUAUUCCCCUAACUCUCCCCAUAAUAUCACAGAAAAGAUACACCCAUGCUACUAUUACAGAUGUUAUAAUGGCAACUACAUACGAAACAGAUGUCCAGAUGGAUUGGGGCUGAGUAAUGCAUUUAUCAAAAAGUGGAGCAAAAAAGGAAAAGGUCGCAAUAGCAACCCUUGUUACAAACCCAGUAGUAAAUGUAGAAUUACACUAAAGGAAAAGGGUCUAAUUGAUUAUGAGACGACUAUAUGUGGCAUAGAUAUUAUGAUUGUCAUCGAUGUAAGCUGCAGUAUUGACGAAGUUGAUCAGAUGAAAGUGAAGCAAUUUGUGAACAGAUUGGUGAAAGUAUUUCCUAUCAAGCCUGGAUUUACACAACUUGGUGGCCUGGUGUAUUCUAAAGACAUUGAACAUGUAACUUAUUUGAAUGAAUUUGUCACGCGCAGAAAGGUUUUAGAACGCUUUGCCAAUUAUCCCAUUACAAUGAAACCAUGUGGAACAUCAACAUUUGCUGCCCUUGAACUGGCAAGAACAGUGUAUUUUACCGAAAAAAAUGGGAGACGACCCAAUAAAAAGGGAGUAAUCUUGGUCCUAACUGAUGGUUAUACAAAUCCUAUAGGGCGUCAGAAUGACACUCUGUACCAAGCUGCUAUGCUUGAUGCAGAGAUGCCAGAAGUACAGCGCACUGUCAUUGGUCUUCCAAAUAUCAGGCAAGAGGAACGAGGCAAUAGAGGAAAAGAUGGCGUGGCAGAAUGGUCAAAGAUCGCUAGUAGUCCAAAUGAUGUACUUAAUCUAGAUACAUUUGAUGCUUUGUAUGAUAUCAUAGAUGACAUUACGAGGAAAUCAUGUGAGAUUCUCUAA